AUGACUGCGGCUUGGCAGUGGCGAGAAGCAGCUGGCGCAAGAACAGACCCGCAGUUCAGCUUCACGCUCGGCGUAGCUUUCUACGAGAAGUUCUAUUGUAUACGCUCUCAAUACUAUGCCAAUUCGAUGCCAUUCAACGAGAAGGUGGGUGGGUUUCGAGCGCAGUUGUUUGUGUCGCUUACCCAUCUGAACUAUGCUGCGACUUGGCAUACACUGCUGAAGCGCGUGAAGAGCUGGCGGAAGAGUGCCGGCGAAGUCGGAGGUUCGCGCACCAGCCAUUCCUUGUUGGACGAGACCAUGAUCAGUGCUGCGUGGAGUCUGCCCAACUCGUACAAUGCUACAUCCGCCUAUUCUCGCGAGGCUGCCAUGAUGUCGCCACCAGGCUCUGCAUCUGGUCCGGCAUCCUCCAGCUGGAGGCGGCGGGCACGAGAAGUCAACGUGAUAGGGUCAGGUGAGCGCGCAGAAUGCUGGAGGAGACCUAGAUCGAUGCACCAGGACUCUUCCACACGAAACUGGGUUGCCAUGGUUGUAUCGAGUGGCACUGGUCGUUGGCUCGACGAGAUCUCGACUUUCGGGAACGCAGUCCCGAACAUCUGUGGCACGUCUGGCUGCGCUUUCUUCAGGCCAUCCGAACUGACUAGUGAGUAG